AGGUACUCUGAUAUCAAUGUGGCUUCCAUUGCCAGAGUGCCGAACUUCAUGUAUUGUACCCCGCCUUUCCAAUGGUGAAACUUACUGCAGUGUUCCAUACUUAGGUAUAUAUCGAGUAGGAAGAUAUAUACAUAUCUAUAUACGUACCUAUAUACAUAUGUACGACAGGUGUUUACUCGUACAUAUGUAAGUCACAAAGUAAAACAUCACUCUAAAGUCAUGUCCACAAUGUCCGACAAGAAAAUCAAAGUUGCUGCAGCGCAUGCCGCGCCCAUCUACAUGGACAAAGCCGCCAGCUUGCGCAAAGUUGUCUCUCUAAUUGGCGAGGCUGCAAAUGAAUCGAUUGAGCUGCUCGCCUUCCCCGAGGCAUUCGUUCCUGGAUUCCCUUACUUUGCCUACUGCUACGCGCCAAACGCUGCAACCGUUUCCCUCUACGCAGCGCAGAGCGUGGUGGUACUAGAAGAUCUAGAUGAAGUGCAAGCGGCAUGCGCGAAACACAAUAUAGCCGUCACCCUCGGAAUUUCUGAACGCAUGCGCGGCGGUCACACGCUGUUUAACAGCAUCGUGACCAUCGACGCAGACGGCAGUAUUCUAGGCGUUCACCGCAAGGUGCAGCCCACGUGGGCGGAACGGCUCGUGUGGGGCCAGGGGUCCGGCUACACUCUCCGCACAUACAAACCUAAGAGCGCCGCCUAUCGAAUUGGCGCGCUGGCUUGCUGGGAACACGCGAUAAACGGAGCACGGCAGGCACUGAUUGACCAGGGUCAGCAUAUCCACGUUGGUUGCUGGCCGGCUCUUGAUAUACUCGAGGGGUUCGAAGAUGUAGCCUGCACACAGAUCGAGGCGUUGAUGAAAACUCAUGCCUUGACGGCGCAAGUGUUUGUGUUAUGCGCUAGCAGUUAUGUCGACGAGAGAUGCUUGCAGUGGAUGGAGAGGACCCUAGGCCCACAGGACAAGGUGAAAAGUGGCGGGGGCUGGACCGCGAUCAUUCACCCGUUUUGCUCGUUUAUUGCCGGGCCGCAUACGGAUAGCCAAGAUGAGCUUGUUACCGGCGAGGUUGAUCUCUCUCAGUUAGAUCUAGUAAAGGUGUAUAUAGACGGGGCGGGGCAUUACAAACGGCCAGAGAUUUUUAGGUCUGAGGUUGAUAUGACACUGAGGUGGAAGGACGAGUUGGAGAUCGUCGGUCCCGUCGCAUGGGAAUACAUGAAAAAAGAAUAAAAAGGAAAUGUGAUGAUCUCAGCCGUUCAAGGUUUGAAGACGGUGACAAAAUCCGUUAUUUUAGGUACCUACAUAACUAUAAAUAUCUCCCAGGUUCAAUGUUGAAGCUGAAGCUGUUG